AUGCCGAGCAGCCAGUGUACCAACUUGAAAAGUGGUGCUCUAUGGAAUUUGUACAAAUUCCAGCGUGGAAGCGGCCCCGGCCAUAUUGCAUAUACUGAGGCUGGUUGGGGGCCUCUCGUUCCAGCCCAUAGUGUUGACAUGGUUCUUGCUGCAAAGCCCACUGCCAAAUUCACCGGAGAAGUUGACAAGAUUGGUUGGGAUAGCGGCGAAGUUUCAAGACUAGGUUCUAUCUAUCCUCAAGCCAACAAGGGCGUGGGCGCAACAGAGUACUUUUUGAUGUUUUGGACUAGUUAUCUUGCGCCUCGUCAAGAAGGAAGAUCCCGCUUCGACAUAUGGUGGGCCGAUGACAUGGCUUUUCUGUGGGUUGGUGAUAAAGCAAUUUCGAGCUUUUCCGAAGCCAAUACGGAUUUGAAGGUUGACUACGCUUCUCGCGAUCCCUUCGGGGGAAAAAGAUUCGAAUACCUUGUAACGGCGAAGGAUAUUGGCAAGCGGAUUCCCAUCCGAGUUGCGAAUGUCCAGACUGCAGGAUCGUAUUCGGUGUUCAUGAUGGUCAGAGACCCUAGCGGUGGAGUCGUCAUGAAUGGUGGUAAUAGGGGAAGCGGUAAAUAG